CCUGAACACAUGUUCUCUCCGCUUUGGCGCGUAAGCACGUAAAUAAAAAUAAAAGUCCGGAAAUUCGCACUCAGAAAAUGCCGGAGAGCCUGAUCGCCGGCAUUCCGGUGCACUUCCCGUUUGAACCGUAUCCGGUGCAGCGGGCGUACAUGGAGAAGGUGAUCCAGUGCCUGCGCGACGGUACAAAUGGAGUCCUGGAAUCGCCGACGGGAACGGGCAAAACCCUGAGUCUGCUGUGCUCCUCAUUGGCCUGGCUGCGUACCCGCCAGUCGGAGCAGCAGCAACAGAUGACCAAGCUGGAGAAGGGCGAUUUGCCCGGUCUGGGUGGAGCCCCGGGCUCGGAACUCUCCGAACUGGCCAAAACGGUGGGCAAGGCCAACAAUUGGGGCAUACCAAAGGUGAUCUACGCAUCGCGCACCCACUCCCAGCUCACACAAGCCAUGCGGGAACUCAAGCGGACGGCCUACUCCAACAUGCGGUCCGUGGUGCUCGGCUCGCGCGACCAGUUGUGCAUCCAUCCGGAGGUCAUGAGGGAGCAGGGCAACGCCAACAAGACGAACAUGUGCAAGCUGCGGGUGCACUCCAAGACCUGUUCGUUUCAGGCGCGUGUGGAGUCGCGCAAGGAUCAUCCGGAUCUGCGGGGACCCACCAUCAUGGACAUCGAGGACCUGGUAAAGGUGGGCCAGCGCCUAAAGAUCUGCCCCUAUUUCGCAUCCCGGGAAUUGGUCGCCCAGGCGGACAUUACCUUUAUGCCGUAUAACUACCUGCUCGAUCCCAAGGCUCGCAAGGCCAACAAAAUCGAACUGGGUAACACCAUCGUCAUCCUGGACGAGGCCCACAACAUCGAGAAGAUCUGCGAGGAGUCCGCUUCGGUGCAGAUCAAGUCCUCCGACGUGGCCAUGGCCAUCGAGGAUGUCACCCAUGUGAUGAAGGUCUUUGCCAGCGGCGAAUCGCAGGAUAUGGCCGGCGAUGAGCCCAAGGACUUCACUCUGGACGAUCUCACGCUGCUCAAGGAGAUGCUCCUCGAGCUGGAGAAGGCCAUCGAUGCCGUGGUGGUGGAAAACCCCCUCGAAGGAACCACCUUUCCCGCCUCCAUGAUGUACGAACUGCUCGGCAAGGCGAAUUUCACCUACGGCAACGUGGCCACCAUAGUGGCCCUGCUGGACAAACUGGUGCAGUACCUCCUGGUGGCCUCGCAGCAGAUGAGCAUCCGCAAGGGCGGCACCUUCAUGAUGCUCAGCGAUCUGCUGACCAUUGUGUUUGCCAACAAGGCGGACGUGAUGACCAAGGUGCACGCCAGCUUCAAGGUGCACGUCCAGGUGGAGGAGUCCAAGCAGCAGGGCCAGGGAAAGCAGCAGGCUGCCAAUAAGCAGGGUUGGCUGGGCAAGGGGACGAUUGCGGCCGCCAGCAGCUCCAGCAAGGUGGCCAAAAUCGUCAACUUCUGGUGCUUCAAUCCGGGCUUCGGCAUGGAGCAGCUGCUCAACACCCAGGUGCGCAGCGUGAUCCUCACCAGCGGCACAUUGGCGCCGCUCAAGCCGCUGAUCGCCGAGCUGGCCAUUCCGGUGGCUCAGCAUCUGGAGAAUCCGCACAUCGUCGACCAGUCGCAGGUGUACGUGAAGAUCAUCGGCACCGGACCCGAUCGCCAGCAAUUAAUAUCCAACUACACAAACCGUGAUAAUCCAAAGUACAUCAGCUCACUGGGCCAGACGAUCCUGAAUGUAUCGCGGAUAGUGCCCGAUGGCCUGCUGGUCUUCUUCCCCUCGUAUCCCAUGCUGAACAAGUGCGUGGACGCGUGGCAGGCGAGUGGCCUGUGGGCGGACAUCUCGGCCAAGAAACCGAUCUUCCUGGAGCCGCGCAGCAAGGACCAGUUCACCAGCACGAUGGAGGAAUUCUACCAGGCGAUACGCGACUCCAAGGGCGCCGUCUUCAUGGCCGUUUGCAGGGGCAAAGUGUCCGAAGGUCUGGACUUUGCCGAUCGUAACGGGCGGGCGGUGAUCAUCACGGGUCUGCCCUAUCCGCCGCUUAAGGAUCCGAAGGUGAUACUGAAGCGGCGCUACCUGGAGGCGAACAGGACGCGGGAGAACCAGCUGCUGAGUGGCCAGGAAUGGUACAAUCUGGAUGCCACGCGGGCAGUCAAUCAGGCCAUCGGUCGUGUGAUCCGGCAUCGCAACGAUUAUGGCGCCAUUCUGCUCUGCGAUUCGCGGUUCAAGGACGCCUCCCAGGUGCAGCAGCUGUCCAAGUGGAUCCGUGGCCACCUGGGCGACCGGCCGCAGUGCUCGCCCUUCGGUCCCAUCGUCCGGGAGCUGCGCCAGUUCUUCAAGAACGCCGAGGCCAAUAUGAAGCAGCCGGAUGAGCGGGAAUCGGAGCCACCUUUGGAGACGGUUUGCAAAACCGAGGACGAGCCACUCGCCGCCAUUCCCAAAAUCAAGCGGGAGCCAGGCUCCAAUGCCACCUUUAAAGCAGCCAACGAAAAGGCCAUGCAAGUGGAGAUGGCCAAUUCCAUAAGAACGUGGAGCCCAGCCGAUUAUGCCAGUGCCGCUGGACAUAAACUGGGUGGUGCGGCGCCCAAUGCCAUGGACUUUAUGAGCCGUCUCGACUCGAAUGUCUCGAGUAUCGAUUUCAAUUGCUGCACGGAUAGCAAAAGUAACUCAUCUGGCUUGGUUAAGAUUCACAAGCGGGAACGAAGCUCACCCACGCCACCGGAAACGGGAAACAGCCAGGUGGCCAAAAAGCGUUACAAACUGGUGGAGAACAUCAAGCAGGAGCCGAUCAGUUCGCAGGUUAAGGAGGCACCCGAAUCCAGGGCCGAUUUUCUGCGAGAGCUUCGCAGCUUGGUUAACCAGGAUGAGUUCCGGCGCUUCGGCAAAGCCCUCUUGGAAUACAAAAGCGGCACGGAUGAGAGCUUCCAGGCCCUGAUGAGUGUCCUCUGGGAGGUGCUGGCCGCACCCAAGAUGCGUUACAUGCUCGUCGGGAUGCGAAAGUACCUGAAAAGCGAGCACAAGAGCGAUUUCGAUCAGAGGCUGGCCAAACUCUAGGCACUUAAGUGCUCUCCUGUUUUGGUGACUAUUCAAAAUAGUAUCGGAAAUUACUCAUCCCAAGGAUUUGCCUAUAAAUGUAAACUAGGCUGUUUUUUUCGUAUAAUUAUAUGGGCGGUAUAAAUAUAUAUUUUUUUACAAUUACCAAAUAAAUAUAAAUAUAAGGGUAUAUAGCAUUUGUAUUCGAAUUUUCUCUAGUAAAGUGUAUAUUAUAGAUUUAAGUUAUAGUUUAACUUUAAGAUAAACAAAGGCUUUUUUUAUAUUUUAUGGUUAAUUUGGGCUUUGAAAAC